AUGUAUUCCGAAAUUGGCAAACGCAGCUGGAAACAGGCUCUCGAGGGCCAAGUAUUCAAAGACUCAAAGGGCUACUUCAUCAGUCCCGCCAUCAUCGACAACCCACCCGAAGACUCCCGGAUCGUUGUCGAGGAACCCUUUGGCCCAAUCGUGCCUCUCCUCAAGUGGUCUGAUGAGGAGGAUGUCAUUGAACGGGCAAACAACAGCAAGUCUGGUCUGGGCGCCUCUGUGUGGAGCAAGGAUCUGGAUCGGGCAGAGAGAAUGGCCCGCUGCCUUUCCGCCGGGAGUGUCUGGAUCAAUUCUCACUUUGAUGUUGCGCCCAAUGUGCCAUUCGGAGGACACAAGUGGAGUGGCAUUGGGAGCGAAUGGGGCAUGACUGGUCUGAAGAUGUACUGUAACUCCACGUCGCUCUGGAAGUGGAAGAAGGUCAUGUAA